AGCUCGCUUCUGUUUUGUGGAAACUACUCGUAUUAACUCUGGCUUCGACAUCGCCUCACCCCGCGGCCGUUUUUUUCCUUUUAUUUUCUGGAGGCUGGGAAACAGGAAAAUGCUGAGUAAUGCUUACAUGUGGGUUUGGAAAAGGGAAUACCCUCGCUUGGGUAUCAAAAUGUCUCCUCCCUCCUCAUCAAACCACUCACGAGAAGAUGAAACGUCAUCUCCAGAAACAUAAAGGAUAAUUCGCUUCUCCCUCUCCCUUAUCUACAGUCAUAAUAUUAUAAUAACGCCCCUCCCGUCCUUGGAAUUCUCCUCUUUAAACUGUGCUCCCUCUUUUUUCUAGAAAGAGCCUUGUUUGUGCAAGGAUCACCCACGCCCCCAUUAUUAUUGUUAUUCCUUUCUCUCUACCUGGGUGGGGACUUUCCCAGCUUAAGCCCGCCCUCUUUGUAGCGCCGCUAUAAAAAAACCCAGCGGCAGGCAGGCUUAAGUCGACACAGUAGAAGGGACUGUGUACUCUGAGUUGUGUCGUCGUGGUCAGGUCUGGCCUCCCGCCUGCGUGAACUAAUUCUUGCUGCGCCACAAAAUCCACUUACCGCCGCCAUGGCUCCGUUGACGGUGAAGGCCUACCUGCUAGGCAAGGAGGAGGUGACCCGCGAGAUCCGCCGUUUCGCACUCGACUCGCCUGCCCGCUACCAGCCAAUACGAGACAAGGUGGCCGAUCUUUUCCAGGGGCUGCUUCGCAAUUCUGCAGCCGCCCCGGGCGCCUUUCAGAUGUACUAUAAGGAUGCAGAUGGAGAUAUGAUUGCUUUUUCUAGUGAUGAAGAACUGAAGCUGGCCCUGCCCUGUGUGAAAGAUGGCAUUUUUCGUGUUUAUGUUAAAGAGAAAAAGGAACUUAAGCGUGAGCACCUGCAUCGCCAAUCCUGCAGCCAGGAGCGUCUGUCAAAUGUGGUGCAUCCCAAUGUGACCUGUGAUGGCUGUGAUGGCCCAGUUGUGGGUGCAAGAUUCAAAUGCACCAUUUGUCCAGACUAUGACCUGUGCAGUGCUUGUGAGGGAAAAGGUAUCCACAAGGAACAUAACAUGAUUAUGUUCCAGAGUCCAUUGUUCCAUCCACUUGAGUGGCUUCCUCGAGGGCGAUGGCUUCGUAAGAUGAAACAUGGUGUUCCACCCUUUCCUUGGAUGCAAGGCUGGGGGCACCCUUGUCCUGCUCGUCAGUGUCAAAACCCUGGCCAAGCACAAGACAGCACCACUCCUCAGAGUGCUGCUCCUGAGCAAGAUUCUGGCAAUAAGUCUCAGGAUCCCAAUGUCACCUUUCUGAAGAAUGUUGGAGAAAGCGUUGCUGCGUUUCUGAGUCCACUUGGUAUUGAAGUUGAUAUUGAUGUGGAACAUGAGGGACAAAGAAGCAAAGUGUCACCCGCAGAAUCUAGUUCAGAGAAGUGCAACUCCAACCCUAGAAGUGAUUCUAGUGAUCAAUCCAAAUCAGAAGCAAUUAGCAAAAACAAACCAGCUUCAGAUGCAGAUGCUCUUACAGACCAGCUGCAGGAAAUGCUGGUAUAUUCUCCCCCUACACAGAUGGAAGUGGAGAACCACUUGUCACAGGAGACAGCUGAAUCCAGUAGUUCAGGGGCAGAUGAAGACUGGACCCAUUUGUCUUCAAAAGAAGUAGAUCCUUCAACUGGUGAGCUGCAGUCCUUGCAAAUGGUAGACACUGACAACCCAAGCUCUCUGAAUCCAGCUGAAACUCCUGCUAACACAGGACCAACAGGAUUGCGAGAGGCUGCACUGUAUCCUCAUCUUCCACCAGAAGCAGAUCCCCGUCUGAUUGAAUCCUUGUCCCAGAUGCUGUCCAUGGGAUUCUCUGAUGAAGGAGGCUGGCUCACUCAUCUGCUGCAUUCCAAGAGCUAUGAUAUUGGGGCAGCCCUGGAUGCCAUCCAGUAUGCCAAGCAACCACCACCUUCCAAAUAGCACACCUGCAACCCAUCAUUCUUAAAGCAGAUUGUUAAAGCUGCUGCCACCGAGUAGCCUACUUUUUAUAUCUUUCUGUCCUCUGCAAGGAUCUGACUGUAUUUCUGUAUUCCAAGUUCAUACUAUCAAUAAAUACACUAACUUUUCCCACUUAA